UGAGAUCAGUAGGUGGCAGCAUUCACCUUUAACGUUGGUUUGCAGUCUUUUAACAAAACCAAAGAAGAAGAAGCAGACCUGCCUGUGACAUUCACUGCUCUCAUGUCGGUGUCAUCUGUACAUUCCUAAAUAUCUCAAAAUGAACAUUAUGCUGUCCUCAUUUUCCCGACUGCGUGGUCUAACUCACGUGCGUAGCAUCCCCACAGGACACCUAACUGGAGCCUCUUACCUUAGAUCGUUCAGCAGCUGGAUUGGUCCCGGAGCAGCUGCUAGACCACAGGUUUUCAAAGCUUCAGAUACAAUUUCUUUACAAGCUGAAGGUUCAGGAGUGUUUCAGCAGGUUCCCUGGCAGUACCAGCAGGUACGGACCCGGAAAAGAGGCACAGAGUAUCAGCCCAAGAACAUCAAACGAAAAAGAACCCACGGCUGGAUCAAAAGGAUCAGCUCACAAGGAGGCAUCGAAGUGAUUCUGCGGCGGAUGUUGAAAGGACGGAAAUCGCUCUCACACUGAAAGUUCCCGAUGGAAGAUUUGACUUUAAAGAAACAGAGCUUGGUUCUUAUAUGCUGAAGGUGCUCAGCAUGCAACAAAGAACUUGUGUAUUGGGUUAACUGGUGUGAUACUAGGUGUGGUCUGGGUCUGGCAGUUCCACAGUAUUGGUCUUGAGAGUGUAAAUGUGCCCUGUAGUUUUGCCCACCCACUCUGGUCAGGGUGGUUUUGGUCAAAGUCAUUACAUGUUAGCACAUUUGUGUGACUUCAUUUCUUUUUCUUUUUGAGUAAACAUUGUUGACUUAAAGAAAAAAAAUGUUCCUAUAAUAAAAUUAUUUUCCAGAAUCAGCAUGGUCGGGCUGAAAAUGAAAAUACCACCUUCACUUCUUUUAGUUUUAUCCUGUUUAGAAUGGCUUUUGUAGAGUCGCUGUGCUCAUGAGCAUGAUCAGUUCAUUUGCAGCAAAAAAACAAAAACAAGUCUGUGUUACCUUAGUUGACACAAAAAGGUAUAUACAUUAUUUUUUCUGCAUAUCUGAUAAAUGUGUAUUAUGCUUGAGUAAAUGAAACAUCACAACAAUGGCCUAAAAAA